UAAAAUUAUUGUGAAGCAGCAAAAGCUUCGGGAAUUUAUUGUUUUUUAAUUAAAUUUAAAGGUAGUGGAAAACAACAAAUACUUCGUAUGAAACUCUUCCUGCUGUUUAAUAAAACCUCCGCAAAAAAACUGUGCAUGAAGGCUAUUUACAAGUACAAAUCAUGGUGAUUGUGUGAUCGAGAUGAGUUCAAAGCCACAAAUAUAUCAUGAGAAGCAAGUAAAGGAGCUCUGCGCUUUGCAUGCGCUGAAUAACUUAUUCCAGACACGUAACACCUUUUCAAAAUCAGAAUUAGACACAAUAUGCAGCCGCUUAUCCCCCAAUGUGUGGAUCAAUCCUCACCGUUCCAUGCUGGGGCUGGGCAACUAUGACAUCAAUGUCAUCAUGGCAGCACUGCAGAAGAAGGGUUGUGAAGCCAUCUGGUUUGAUAAGCGGAAAGAUCCAGGAUGCUUAGAUCUCUCAAACAUCUGUGGGUUCAUCCUCAACGUUCCUUCGGAUUACAAGCUAGGGUUCGUGAUGUUGCCGCUUCGCAGGCGACACUGGAUAACCAUCCGUCAGAUACAAGGGAACUUCUACAAUCUGGACUCCAAGUUGGACUCGCCACAGUUAAUAGGAAGGAGUAGUGAUUUAAUAGCGUAUUUAAAAGAGCAGUUAGAGAGCAAAGAGAAGGAAUUGUUUGUGGUUGUGAGCCAAGAGGUGGAGGAGAAGCAGCUGUGGAUGAACCAGUUCAUCCUCCAAGGCAACGGAGGGCACGAGGUCGGUAUUCACAGGGAGUCUGCGCUCGAGAGUCCGGACGACUCGAGCCCCGUCUGCGAUUUCAGUAACCGUGAUGCAGAGUGCUUGAGAUUGAAUGAAGUGAACUGUGUUAGGGAGAACUUUUAAGUGCAUUUUUCCAAAAGUUGUUUUAAGUGUUGCGCAAACGUUGUCACUGUUUAAUAAAAAAAAUCACUACAUAAUCAUCACAGAGUAAAAGUAGGGGUCCGACAAGAGUCGUCUAGACAUAGCAGUCGCGUUGUAAGUACCAUAGCCUAGUAAAGUUCAAUGUACACAAGAAUUCAGGCAACAUACGAUAAAAUGGUUGCAGUACUCUUACGCAGCAGUUGUAUAUUGCACUGAAGGUUCCUUGCGCGACGCUAUCUAGACGAUGUCGGCAUUUCCCAGUAGAUCAAAAGCGGUGAACUACUGUCUCUCUUUAUGCUAUACUUUCAUAGUAAACCGUUAAUUCAAUGUUUACAUUCAAUGACGAGUUAGCGCUUGGUUGUAAAAAAUUGUCUACGUUUGUAGAAAAGCGAUUUAUUGUAUUAUUGCGGUUACAUUUGCUACUAUCGCUUGAGUGGCCGUCAUUUAAACUACUUUUAGAUCGCUGAAGAGCUAAGUCGUUUAGGUAAAUAGCUCAAGGCGCUGUCGCUAAAGCUACCUAGGGCUAAAUUGAUCUCUAAAUCGUCUAUAACGACUUACUGUAAGCGGUUUAAGACUUAUUUUACGCAUCCAAUCGAAAAAAUAGGCAACAUUUCAACAGUCUAGUUCUGUGUCAAAUAUCGUUAGAUGAUCGGAAAAAAUCCGACUAGGCAGUACGACGACUGCAGAGCGCCGUUUUGUGACCGCAUAGGCGUAUUAUCAUACGUCCACAUAUGCGAUCAAAAAACGCAUAAUAUAUAAGAUCGGAGUAGACAAAAAAUACAUAUCAAAAUAACUGUUUUACUGUUUCAAACAGAAUACUAGUCACCGCGUAUUGUGUAAUAUAAAACAGCGUUUACUGACACCUCCGGCGAUAGUGGUCAAUGUAUCCCUAACCUUGAGCUUAAAGACACCAAAAGCAUUUUAUUUAUAUUCCUACGGGGUGCCGGGAAAUUCCUUGCAAGAGUUUCGAUUAUCGAAAUUUGCAUAUUCUUCGAGUCGUUCAAGAUAUUAUACUACAAAAUAUAUAUAUAUUACUAAAUAUUUUUUUAUAAACAUCCCAGUU